AAAUUUUUCUGCUUCAAGGGGUUUCUUGCAGGGAUGUGAUGCAAAGAGGCGCUGGAGCAUCCUGACUCAGCACCGCGGCGGUAGGAGACCCGUGGAGCAAAACAAGGAGCAUCUUCUCUUGGCAUCAGGGCAUGCGUAUGCCAGCAGGGGAUGAGUGACGAGCAGCUCCCCGCAGCUCCCUGCCGCCCCGCUGCAGAGGGGGACGCCAACAUCUCAGCCUCCGGCUGCCCUGAGCACUGGGUCGAGCCCCAGUUCACGCAAGCGGCAAGGGUCCGCGUGAUCGUCACGGCCGUCUUCUUCUUGCUGGCGGCGGGCAGCAACGCGGCGGUGCUCAGCAGCCUGCUGAGGAAGAGGAGGAAAUCCCAUGUGCGGCCGCUGAUCCUCAGCCUGGCGCUGGCCGACCUGCUGGUGACGGUGGCGGUGAUGCCCCUGGAUGCCGCGUGGAACGUGACGGUGCAGUGGUACGGAGGAGACAUCGCCUGCAAGCUCCUCAACUUCCUCAAGCUCUUUGCCAUGUACGCGGCUGCCCUGGUGCUGGUGGUCAUCAGCCUGGACCGGCAUGCGGCCGUCCUCCAUCCCUUCUCCCGUGCUCGCCGCCGCAACGGGCUGCUGCUCCGUGCCGCCUGGGCCAGCAGCGUGAUCCUGGCUUUGCCCCAGCUUUUCCUCUUCCACCUGCACACGGUCCCGGGAGGGAACUUCACCCAGUGUGUUACUCACGGGAGCUUCCGAGCACACUGGGAGGAAACCGUCUACAACAUGUUCACCUUCACCACGCUCUACAUCACCCCCCUGAGCGUCAUGAUCAUUUGCUACAUCCGGAUCGUUUGGGAGAUCAGUAAGCAGCUAAAGAUCAAUAAAGGUUUGAUAAGAAAUCAAAACGACCACAUCUCCAAGGCACGCAUGAAGACUCUCAAGAUGACCAUAGUGAUUGUUGCCACCUUCAUCAUCUGCUGGACCCCAUACUACCUCCUGGGCUUGUGGUAUUGGUUCCAGCCAGCCAUGAUCCAGAAGAUGCCAGAGUAUGUCAACCACAGCUUCUUUCUCUUUGGCUUGCUGCACACCUUCACUGACCCUGUCAUUUACGGACUGUACACCCCCUCCUUUCGGGAGGACGUGCAGUUGUGUCUCAGGGGCAUUGAAACAGCCAUUACCAGGCACGAGAGACACAAACCCGUCUCCGUCUCAGAGAAGAACAUCAAGGAUGGUGCUGUAAAUGGUGGGGUGGCAUCAGGGGGCUCCAAUGGGACAACUGUCAACACGGUCUGCUGAAGAGACAUGCC